AUACGUGUUGUGUUUCACUUUAAGAACAUUUGACACUUUAAUUUCAACCUAAUGAUCAGUUUUGUUAGGUUUCAUAUCUUUAAAAUAUCUCAAAGUAUGUUUACAGUGUUUGGACAAAUAAGGUUUCGCAUAUAUCUGUCCAUGGUGACGUUUCUUUUGCGGUUCAGUAUAUAUGCUUGUCACGAUUGUUUUGCAUCAGCGAUAUAAGGUUAUAUAGGUAUCUGCGACCAUCUCAAGGCACAUGCAAGUCGAAAGCCUCUGCUUCAUGUUGUGUUGAGAAUAGUAACAUUUUCAUUGCAGUGAAGAGCUAAACCUUUAACCUCAUUUUUAUGUUAGUUCCAAAGACAAGGAAAACAUAAUUAUAGGUCAUUUAUGGAGUUAAUAUCGGUUCUUGCCUUUUGUUAUUCUCUUGAAAAUACUUCGUACUAAACUGUAAUUUUCUGAUUUAUCUCAAUCAAGAGCAAAGCACCAUUUUUGUGAUUUGACCAACGAGUAUUCUUUUGCUUUACACAUUGGUUUUUCAGAUUUCAAGAAUAUAUGUUUGUUGAAGUUGAGUCUGUGUAUAGUCGGUUUUCAAAUUUAUGAUAAUGUAUACUCUUCAAAACGAGAAACGCAAUUCAGAUAUCUUUGUAAAGCAUAACUGGCGGACCAAAAUGUGCAAAAUGAGGAGGUUUAAUGUGUCUUGCAAAUUUCCCGGAUCAAAAUGAUCACAACAAGGACAUGCAAACCAUUAGUCGGGAAAGACGUACGAUUCGGAAAAACGCAUCCAGUGCAUUAACAUAAGGGUCAUGGAGCUGUACGUGCAGUACUAUGAACGGUAUUAAAGUGCAGGGUUUUUUGAUUGCCUGGCAUCUGCGUCAAUCGAACAGUUGAAGUUCAACAACAUGCCAAAAUUAAGUGCAAAGAACAACGUCAUAGGCCGCUUUCAGGCAUGGGAAUCCCAAUCAGCUGUCGCCAGGGUUUUCAAUGUAGCGCCCAGCAUCAUCACAAGGCUAUGGGAUCGGUUUCAACAGCAUUGGUCAACACGUGAUCGGCCGAGGUCGUGACGACCAAGAAUAACCGCCCCCGCCCAGGAUCGCUACAUCCGACUGCGACGCCUUCGUGAAAGGACGACCACAGCCACCUCAACGGCAUCCCAAAUACCCGGACUGCGCAGAAUUUCUGACCAGAUCAUACGAAACCGUUUAAGACCAACAGGUCUACGAGCAAUACGUCCUGAUCGACGCGUCAUACUGUGGGUAUACACAGGGUAUGGCCUCAACAGCGUUGGAGAGAUGUCUGGCGUCAAGAUUUCUCCUCCGUCGAGGGGAUGGAAGAGCACGGGUCUACAGACGUCGGGGAGAACGCUACUCCAACGGCAACGGUUAUUCCAGUAGGACAACGCUCGACCGCAUACAGCAUGGAUCACAAGAGCCUGUCUACACAACAACAACGUUGAUGUUCUCCCCUGGCCCUCCAGAUCAUCGGAUUUGAACCCGAUAGAGCACCCGUGGGCUAGCUUCAAGGACCGACGUUGAUCACACGUGCAGUGAAAAGUGAACCAUGUUAGCCAUAGGUCAGGCGUACCAUGACAUGAAAUGCAGCAACACAGUCGCAGUCAUCUCCGCCGUCGUAUGCCUUGUCGUUCCAAUUUUCAUGAUAUCUAUGGGAAAGAUUCACAAGGAUGAAUGCCCUGCUGAAAAGUACAUUUCUAUCUACCUGAUCGUGGGAGGAUCCGCCGCCAUCGCCUUCAUUGUACUGCGCCUCUUGGUGAAGAUGUGGUGCCCUAAACCAGGAAAGAGCCAUCUCUGUGACAUUAUCUCCACCAUCACAAGUCUCACCAUAGCUCUUUUCAUGUUUGCCUGGUUUAUUGCAGGCAGCGUGUGGAUCUACAGCCUCUACAAUAAAUACGACCCAUCAGACAAGACUGCCGCCAACUACUGUAACAACACAUUUUACGUGUUCGCGUUCUGGAGCACCACGACAAUUUACAUCCUGAUCGGAGUCAUCGUCGUUAUAUCCUGCGGCUACACUUACCAUAAAAUUCGACAGUAGUCGACAACACUCAUGUGCUGUAGUUGGAAAUGUUUGACUUGUGAAAAUGAGCAGCAGUUACGGAGUUUGUUUUUGAAAAUGUGUUGCAUUAUUUAAAAGACGAGGUCAAAAGAGUUGCGCGACCUGUAACUUGUAACUGCUUCAUGGCACAACAUUCACGACAGUCAUUUUGUAAGUAUGUGUUUUAGUAUGGUAGUUACGGUAACCUUUGCUCAACGAUUGCUUUGUGGAGCGGACCCCUGAAUUGUAAUCCGCAUCCGCCCAUAUACAACACGACGUUUCAUAAAAUUGGUAUUACUCUGAGCCUGUUUAGUAUUCUAUAUGCAACUAAUGUUCAACGACCCAUAAAAUUCAUUUAUGGUGCUCCACUAUGUCGUACAAAAGAUGAAAACAUGAUCAGUUUAAAAGUUGAAAUAUUAACAAUAAAUAAUUUUAGUUUUAAUUUGAUGUCCAAGUCUGCUUACCAUAUGCAAUUAGACUUCUCAGUAUAUCUGAUUGAGCCAUCAACCAUGAUGACUUAAUCCUCUACUCACUUUGACAUAUUUUGACAGCCAGUUUCUUGCAGAAUAUAAUUGUCCCACGGAAGGAGUGAGUGAGUAUGGUUUUACGACACUUUUAGCAAUAUCCCCGGAAUAUCACGGCGGGGGACACUAUCAAUGGGCUUCAUACCAGGUACCCAUGUGGGGAAUCGAACCCGGGUAUUCGGCGCCAGGAACGAACGCUUUAACCACUAGGCUACCCGCAACCCCUUCACUCCUGAAAGGAGUGCGUAUACUGUAUGAUAAACCAAAACUCAAUACGACAUAUUAUUUAAUUUAUAACUCCGAACUAAACGUUUGUUCGAGAAAGAAAAAUGCAUCAUUCAUAAUUCAAUCACGCAAAGUUCGUUUGUUUGUUUGUUUAAUGUUGUUUAACGUUGCUAUGUGGCGGCGGUCUGUAAAUAAUCGAGUCUGGACAAGCCAAUCCAGUGAUGGAUGUCACGAGCAUCGAUC